UUAAGCAAAACAUUUUUAAAUUUGCACAAGAAUGUGUUAUUCUAGAUUUGCGACACCAUUGAUUUUAUUUAACUAGAAGCGGUUGCUUUAGUUGAGAUUUUCACAUUUGCAUUCGAUUUAACAGACGUACAUUGUGUACAACUAUAUAUAAAUAACAUGUCUGACACAGAAAAUAUACGACGGUCGUCCAGGAUACAAGCUCGUGUUAAAGAACAAGGACGCACAAAAAGUGAUUUGAACGAAAAUCAAGAUGCAUUGGAGGAAAGAUGCAUUGCGUCGAGGGAAGAAUUGAAUGAUAUUGAAGAAACAGUUCAAAAACCAGUUGAAUUAUUCUCCAAUGACGAUGUCAGUGGUCAGAUAUUAUAUAAAUUUCAAACACAUGGCAAGAAGAAUGCCAUGACAGAAAAGGCAAAUUUAUGCCGUACACCUGUUGCUUCCAAGAAUGUGUUGCUGCCAAAAGUUGUUCUUGAAAGAGUAGAAAUAUGUAAUAUAAAAACAUCCCAUGGACAUGAGAAUGAUGGAAAAGUUUGCAGAAGAUUCCAGAUUAAAUCAACUUCCAGUGAAAGUGAAAGCAUAUCUGAACCAAGUGAUUAUGUGCCAUCCGAUGAAGAAUCUUCAGAUGAAUCAAGUGAAAGUGAUAAAGAAUUCAUUAAUGAAGAGGAGGAGGAGGAGGAAGAGGAGAAUGAUAUCAAGUCCAAAGCUUUUAAGAACAAGAUGGCAUUCCAAUCGAAUUUAUUGAGUACACCAAAAAGAAUGGGUAAUAGAAAUAAACCAGCAAUUGUCCAUAAAGAUUUUCAUAUGAGAACCGAUGAAUACUUUGAAAGCCAAACAGGGAAAGUAGUCACGUCUGAUCGUACAUUGGAAGAUUUACGUAAUUCACGUUUAACAAAAGAAAAAUUGGAAGAAUUAUUAGCAAAGCAAAAUUAUCUAUCGAUGCGACAUAAAGAAAACAUUUGUUCAUUAAGCAAUAGUUAUACCACCUUAUUUCACAUGUGGUAUUUUAUUAUGGAACAAGGUUACUCCAUGUUACUAUAUGGUUUGGGAUCAAAAAGAUGUUUAAUUAAUAAUUUUCAUAAAAGUAUAUGCUAUCAUCCAUCAUUGGUGGUGAAUGGAUUCUUUCCUAGUCUGACAUUAAAGGAUAUACUGGAUGGCAUAAUUGUUGAUCUAUUGGAAUUAAAUUGUCCUGCCGACACAACCGCAUGCAUAGACAUUAUUAAAAAGGCCUUGAAGAGAAAUCCAAAAGACAGACUCUAUUUGUUAAUACAUAAUAUCGACGGUAUAAUGCUACGUUCAAGUAAAGCUCAAGACUUGCUUUCUAGUCUUGCAAGUAUACGAAACGUUCGUGUCCUGGCAUCGGUUGAUCACAUCAAUGCUCCACUAUUAUGGGAUCAUGUAAAACGUUCAAGAUUUAAUUUCUUUUGGUGGGAUGCAACUACAUUUUUACCAUAUCAAGAAGAAACGUCAUACGAAAGUUCACUUUUAGUACAACAAAGCGGUGCUUUGGCUUUAUCAUCCCUUCAGAACGUCUUCCUUUCGUUAACAUCGAAUGCCAAAUCAAUUUACAUACUCCUCGCUAAGAAUCAACUAAACAAUAGCAGUAAUGCCACUUUCACAGGAAUGGCGUUUAAAGAUCUCUAUCGUGCUGCCCGAGAAGGUUUCCUCGUUAGCUCGGAUUUAGCGUUAAGAGCACAGUUAACGGAGUUUAUAGAUCACAAGUUAGUCAAAUUGAAGCGCAAUAUUGAUAGUGCGGAGCAUCUUGUAAUUCCAUUAAGCAACGCAUUAUUGAAACAAUUUCUGGAUGAACACGAGCCAUGAUAUAUCCAACAAAUUCUUUUUAAGUUAUUGUUUAAAUAAGGUAUACUAUUUUUGUAUUAAAUCAUCGCCGUCUACGAAGACUGCGAAUAAAAGAACAACAACAAAUGUUUGUUAAACACAAAGAAAAAGUAAACGCACAGGAAAGUGAGCGCAAAUCAAAAUGGUAUUCAAAUGCAAUCAUCCCAUUACAAUAUGCAGUAGGCCAAAUAAGUACUUGUUUAGUUAAUUUCGAUUUUUCUGCGAUAAUGCGAAUUAAACAGUUAUAUUAAAAGAGAAAUCCAAAUUGUACCAACAACUUUUUCGAAUUUAUGUUAUCCCCUCAAAAAGGAAAAAGGGAAAACUAAGCAAAUCCUUCUUGAUCCACUGUACACUGCAUUCUAAUGUAUUUGAGUCCUAAAAGCGGUAAUAAAAUAACUAUUAGUAAAAAAAUA